GAGCGAACUUUUAUAAGUCGAGGACUACCUGUACAACAAAUGAGUAACUUGCCAUCUUGGCACUUCGUAAUGAUAUUCCACCUCGCUUUGUCCUGCCUGAUUUCCAUACGAUGAGAGAGGCUUAAAACCGAAUAGAGCGCAUCUCUUUCUGAAAGAUCUCUGCUGGCUACGUAAAGCGGUCACAAACAUUCCGCUUUUGCAAUUGUGUUGCUUAGGGAUCUCCAGAGACCUGGGAGAAAGCGGCUGGCCUUCUUCCUUGCCCCACAACGUUCUUUCCUUUUCUUCUCUCCCUGGUUGGGCUCUAUGCCUUCUCUCUCUCUCUCCACAGGUGUGGAGUGCUGAACUGUGAAGUCGUCUUGGCUUUGCUUAACCGAACUUUGAAGGACCCCAGUGAGUGCAUCUGUAUGAGGGCAAUGUGUGCCAUCUCUUCCCUUAUGUGCUCCGACUUGCUCUCCCAGGAUCAUAUCUUUGCCGUUACCCAGAAACACUUGCAGGAGCUGAGUGAAGGGAGCCCAGGAUGUGUAGCCAACAAAGCAACAAAGAUAUUGCGUCAGUGUGAAGCCCUCUGCCGAAGCCAUUCCAUUUCCAAAAACCCACCGCUUGUGGCUGCCUCCUGUUCGUCUGCCAAGACAACCUUGGAGCAUGCCGAUGACCUGCUGACAAACACGGUGCCCUUCUCAGAAGACUCCUUCCUGAAGCCCAUUAACCUGUCGCUGCAGCCCUCCCAAGCCCCUCAGCGCCUCACAAGCAACAUGUUCCAACCAGCAGGACAGAUGCCGGAAUCCCUGUCCUGUGGCCAAUUGGAUAUCCUGCCACCUGAUCUCAGCCAGCAGGGGGCAGAAGGCAGCCUGCCGGACUCUGACCCCCAAGAAGAAAGGCCCCCAAGAGGUGAUCCAGAUGGCACCGUUUCUUUAUUCGCUGGCAUGGAACUGAUCGCACCUUCAAGCAUGACACUAGCAGCAUCUGUGCAGGGUUGUAUUUCUCCAGGGCCGCAGGCAGCAUCUCUCCCUGGGAAUACAAGGGAUAGUGAGGACAACCAGCAACUCUCUGCUUUUCCCUUCCUUCAUGUAUAGCACUCCCCCGGAUGCAAUUUUAGUUGUCUGGGGGCGGGGGGAUGAGCAACAAACCAACUAUCUUUCUAGCUCUUUUCAUUCCAGGGAGAGAGGCCUUCUGGUAGGAUUUGGUCUAAUUAGGGGCUGCAGUACAGUACAGUAGUUUGUCUGAUCUUAACAGGAAUUUUAUCAUCUUUAUUCUUGACCGAUUAAGAGGUGGGGGGAAGGCUGGUUUCUUAUCAUUCUAUUCUGAAAAGGGUUUCGGUUGAUAUGUCCCACUAAUUUAUAUUUUUACUGAAUCCGUGAGAAUAAGAGAGAAGACUUGAAUCCUCGCUGCUGUCUCUUAAAUGGGUUAUUUUUAUUGAGUGAAGAAUAAAGAUAAUCAUUUGUUCUUGUGAAGAACAAUAUAAUUGGUUCUUAUGAAAAAUGUUACUCUCUUCCAUUACUAAAAUUGAGUCCCAUUUUAUAUUAUUUCUUCCUGCAGAUUAUGUUAUUCAGGCUGCAUCCCCCCCUCUUAUCUCACUCCAUUCCCUUUGACAGAGGCAGCUCCUCACUUGAGGCGUUAAGCCUGCCAAAAUUCUUAAAGCUGAAAAAAAUUAAAAUGAAUUGGAAAUGAACUGGGGGGUGUUUGCUUACUCCCUACCAUUUUCUGUUCCUUGUUCGUCUCAGCACAUGCUGCUAAAGUAUGAAAUAAAGCAAAACAGGGACAAAAUAUCAAGAAAGCCCCAUUUUCCUUCUGUCACUUUGUGACAGUUCCAGCAACUGAACAAGGGGACAAUAUUUGUCAAUGCUGUUAUCCUUAGGCAACAUAGCUAACUGAGGACAAUUAGUUAAUUCCUUCCAACCUUCCUUCUAUUAGCUAGCAUUAACAUGUUCACACAACAUAUUAACACCUCUUGCCUAAAUCAUGUGUCAAAGGCCAUUGUUUGAAAUUCUGCUUGUAACAAAUAGAGAAGAAGAUCUAGAAGAAUAAAGAUUACUGACUGUGCUAGUGACCUCUUCUGCCCACUCUGGGAAGGAAAGCUGAUUAUGGUCCACAUAAAACCAUUGUAGUUCUCAAACAUCCUCACAAGUUGCUUAGUUGGGUGACUUUGUGAACUGUAUGAUCCCACUGCUACUUGAAACACAGGUAGCCCUGCUUUGCACCCAGCCUUCCCUAGUUUUCUCUAACCAUUCCCUCUGCAAACAGGAAGGCUAGAAUAAAGUUGUUGUCAGAAGCUUAGGUGGAGUUUCUAACACUCUGAUCAACAGAAAAUUAUAAAUGGUAUUAAUGUGGGUCAAUAUCAAGAUUUGACUUUGUCUGGUAGCCCACAGACUCUAAAGCUUUGACCAGAAGAAGUAAAAAGCUCUUGGUUGGGCAGGGUGGCAGGAAAUCCAAGCACAGGAUUUGUGAGCACCAUGGUACCUGUUGUCCCCCAAAUAGCACGGACAGCCCUCCAAAACUAUGCUAUCACAUGACAUGGAAGAUAGGAUACAAGACUUAAGGGGAUACUGACAGGAUAGAUAGAUGAUAGAUAGGUUCCACCACAAAACCGCGCUCGACUAAAGCGCGCUCGACGAAAACACAUAGCUGACAUCACAGCGCCACGAAAAAAGCACGCUGCGAA